GCCGCCGCCGGUGCUGUCGGUCCCGCGCCCGCCAUGGAGCCGCUGCCGCUGCUGGUGCGCAGCCCCACGCACCGGCACCCCGACCUCCGCCUCCGCGCCUGCCCCGCCUGGACCGUGCGCCGCCUCAAGGCCGAGCUGCGCCGCCUCGUGCCCGACGCCCCGGCUGAAGAGGAUCAAAAGCUGAUCUAUUCUGGGAAGCUGCUGCUUGAUCAUCAGUAUCUGAGAGAGCUGCUGCCAAAGCACGGGGAGCUGCAUGCUCUGCACUUGGUGUACAGGGUCAGGACUCCUGCCAGCGUGGAAGGAAGCAGUGCAGAGGUUAAAGCUGACCAGCCAAAGUUAUCCUCAGGAGCUAGUCAAGAGCCUUCCUCAAAUGGUGACCAUCUGAGACGCCCCUCUGGUGCCCAGCCUUCAGCAGAAGCCAGGAACAGGUUGGAACCCCCUCAGCAUCCCUUGCACAGUGUGGCUCCUGGCUUCUCUGCUUACACAACCUACAGCAUGCUCCAGAUGUCCUGGCUUCAGCAGAUUUAUGCAAGACAAUACUACAUGCAAUACUUGGCUUCUACUGCUGCAUCUGCUGACCCAUCCCACACACAGCACCCUCAGGAGAUACCAGUGGCCUCAGUGACCCCUCCAGCUCCUCUCCCAGACCCUUUCCCAGCCCAGGAUCAGCCUGGCAACCAGAACAUUGCUGCUCCAGUUAAUGCUGUGGCCAACCAGGAGCUGCGGCUCAACGCCCAAGGGGGUCCCAUCAUGGAGGAGGAGGAGGAGGGAGCCCGUCGAGACUGGCUGGACUGGCUCUACUCAGCAACACUCUUCUAUGUCUUUGUCAACAUUGUCUACUUCUACUCCAGUGUCAGCAGGUUCCUCCUGGUGAUGGGUGGCACCGUCCUGAUGUACCUGCACCAGGGUGGGUGGCUCCCCUUCAGACGAAGAGCACUUCAACCCUUCCCAGGCAAUGCUGCUGCUCCUCAGGCUGCCCUCAACCAGGACCAGAACAAUAACUUACAGGGGGGAAAUGCAGCCAGAGCAGAUGAACCUGAGGCCCCAGUCAACGAGGGACAAGCUCCCCAAGAGCUGCAGCAGGCCAAGCUUUCCUUUGUGAGCACAGCAUGGGUCUUUUUCAAGACUUUCUUUGCCUCCCUUCUUCCAGAAGGGCCUGGAGUGACCCACAACUGACUUGUCAGCAGUCUGCUUCUCUCAAACCACAACAGGCUUUAGUCUGAGUGAAUCAGACACCAGCUCCAAACCUGGAGUGAGAGUGGAUGGCCCUUCCUCUGGCUCUCACUGACCAAGCAAAGCUGCAAAAGAAGCCUUAAGUCCUCACAGCCUAGAGAUGAAGAUGCUUGGCCAAAGAACUUUGCUCUGUAGCAUUUAUUAGGCCCCUGUGUAGAGGCUUGGCCUUGUGAACUUGUGUGCUAAAAUGCACAGGCUCGAAGCAGAACACGUCUGAGAAGCAAAUUGCUGCUUCUGUGCAAUGUGAUUCCUGUUGGAAUGUUUCAGAAGCUAUUUAAAUUACACUGAGUGUAGGAUCUCAAUCAACAAAGCCACAGAUGCAUCAGCAGAGGUUUGUGGGUUCAGCUCUGCCUGGCAGGAGUGUAAUGAAGAUGGGAACUUCCUCACUGCUUUGGGAAGCACAGUCAAAGCAGCCCCAUGCCUGUGUUCAACUGGGCUGCAUUCUCCCUCCAGAGCACCUCUUGCAUUACUUCAUGUGGUCCCUUUAAUUUCUGAUGUGAUUUAAGGGCUUUGAUUGCAAUAAAACUCGCUGGCAUUUA